CCGUCAUCAAAAUUUCAGCAAAAAUUUUGUAGGAGUUAAAAAUUGAGGGCUGGACAUUGUAGGGUGUAGGGAGGACGUUCCCAAUUGUCUGGCAUUAAAUACAGCACAUAGUUGACUACCUUCAGGUGAAAAUACGUUAAUCAAUGCUUGCAUUCAAUAUCAAGAGCAUAAGGGCCACAAUGAAACUUCCUACUGGACAAUAUCUGAAUUAACAUACUUAGUGUGAAUUGAGUGAUGUUUCGGAAUUCUUUGUUCAGUCCAUAUUCAGGUGCUCACUUCACUUUGCUGAUAGUAUGCUCAAUGAUAUAACCUUACACCAACUGGAAAGUCACUUCUGCCAAAAUGCCACACGACCUAUUUAUGACACAUUUAUAGCCCAGUUUGUAUAAAAUUCCGAAAAAUUCAUGAAAUGUACUUAUGUAGAACAUGACUUCACGCACAUCAAAAAGAAAAUCGACGCUGGGUAGUAUUGAUAUAGAAGGAAGCAGAGUAUCGUAUGAAAUUUAUAAUGGAGGUCUUGGAAAGAGAUACUUUGACAAAUUGGGACAAGACCUUGACAAGAUCAUUCAGGUUGAUGUAUCCACUGGUGUAACAGAAACCCGUGGUUCCGUACGGGGCAGAGCUGUAAAGCUCGCCAUUGAAAUGAAGAGGAGAGACAUCAAGCACGAUGACAUAAUAGUGAUGUGCAGCAGAACAAACACAGAUCAGGUGAUAGUCGUGUUAGCGGCACUCUUCUUAGGUGCCAUCUUAGCACCGCUAGACCCGGAGUUCAACUACAAGGAAGUACUAGACCUUAUGAAACAGUUGAAACCAAAACUGGUUUUUGGCGACUCCAGGACUAUCCCCCAGUUUGACAGGAUAUUCCAGGCUAUUAAUAUGAACAUUACAACAGUGAACUUCAACCCGGAAGUAACAGGUACCGUUCAAUUCCGGAAGCUACUCCUCACUCAAAAGGAAGAUGAAAACUUCACACCUAGCUUCGUAGAGAACGCAAAAACUAGAGUUGCGUUUAUACUACCUACUCAAGGAACUACCGGUCUUCCCAAGUUAAUCUGCUUGUCACACGAAAACAUCUUCGUUCAAACCGUCACGUUCCUGGAGUUACUAGGCCAACCAGAAAAGGUGAUUUCAUUCUUCCCGAUAUCCUGGUUCUUACAGAUGAUCCUCGUCUGUGUCACUCUCGAAAGACCGGUUACCAGAAUAAUUCCAACAACGUUCACAGAAAGAAACGCAUGUAAAAUCAUACACGAUUUCAGCAUAAAGCAUGCUAUUUUAGGCACAGAUUAUGCGAUGAAGAUGGCUAACAGUCCAGCUGUCAAGGAUUACAACCUGAACUGUCUCAGAGUCGUAAUGAUAGGGACGGUGAACACAAUGAAGCAUGACGUACAGACAUUAAGACAACUUAUGCCCCACGUAAAGUUCCUUCAGUGCUACUGCCUUACAGAAACCGGUUGCAUAGCUGCUACUAGGGCCGAUAGCUACAGUAAGAGCAUAAUAAAGCCUCAGACUGCUAUUGGUCCUCUUACCAUGAACUGUCGGAUCAGGAUCGUUGAUCCAGAAACUAGAAAAGGGGUGGGGCAAAACUGUUAUGGAGAGUUAUUGUAUACUGGAGAUGGAUUCAUGUUAGGGUAUUUGAAGCAACCUGAUAGGACCAAAGAGUGCAUGGAGAAAGGUUUCUUCAAGACAGGUGAUCUCGGUAUGGUCGACGAGGAUGGUUGGUUAUACGUAAAAGGCAGGAUAGACGAUUUAAUCAUAAUCGACGAUUUCAAGUUCUGCCCCUUAGAUCUUGAAGAGGUUAUCGUGACACAUCCUGCCGUCAAGGAAGCAGUCGUCAUCGGAAAUGAUAAAGAGAUCAUUGCACUUGUCAAGAAACUCAAUAAGGAUGUUUAUUUGUCAACUAAUAAGUUACAAUUGUUUGUUCGUACAGCCUGUUUGAUGACAAUCAGCAAACUGACAGUCGGUGACAAGUCAUGACCUAGUUUACGCAGUUAGCUGUCACUGAUACAUCCCUGACUGUAUUAAUUGCAUACAUGAGAACAUUACGAGUUGGCUGAGGGAGAUUCAUAGCAGACAGAUGUCCUGAACGUCAGAGGCCAACAAAGAUCAUUUACAUGGAGCACUUUCCUAGGACGUCCAUUGGAAACGUUCUGAAACGAAUACUGAGAAGGGAUUUAUUAGAGAUGAAAAUACACUACACAGGUAGCAAUGCCAGCAUCGAGACAACUACGAUACGAAAAUCAGCAACUAUAGACCGACCUUCUGUCACCUCUACCGUUACUAUAGAAUCGGAUCAAGAGAGCAGAUCGGAGACCUGCAUAAGCGAGACCUUAACCAACCGAUUUAUCAGCGAUGUCAUAUCUUCUAACAUGCUUAAAGGCAUUUUUGGAACCUACCAAGAUGAUUGAGUACAUUAAAAGAUGGAAAAUAAGCAAAAUAAAAUAGUGAAAAAGCUUUUGGAAUGUUC